AUGGUGUGGUGUAAGAGAUCAAGCUACUACCCAGGAAAGCGCAUUCUAAUUAUAGGGGGAAGCAGUGGACUAGGACUCUCUCUUGCAAAGGACGCAAAAAGCAGAGGAUGCAAAGUGACUAUAACAGCAAGAAGUCUUUCCUCAAUGGAAGCACUCCAAAAAGAAUAUGCUCUUUUGACUGUAGAUAUAACAGAUGAAAAAUCAGUUGCAUCCCUUCCCACUGAUUUUGAUAUGAUUUUCUGCUGUGCUGGGUAUGCACUCCCCUCCUUAGCAAAGGACAUUGAAAUCCUACAAGUAGAAAGACAGCUUAACUGCAAUUUCCUUGGGCCUGUCAGAGUCUACCUGCACUUUCUGCAGAGUGCAUCACUCAAGCACAGAAAGCACCUUGUGCUUAUUGCAUCCACACUGGCCCUGCACUCCUUCGGGGGCUAUGGAAUGUAUGCCCCAAGCAAGGCAGCUCUUUCUUCCUUCUAUGAGGCUGUCGAGUGCGAGUCAUCGAUGCAGGGCCUUGAUCUGUCCAUAUACUACGUGUCAACCAUACAGAGCCCAGGGUUUAUAGAAGAGCAGAAGCACAAGCCCUUGUUCACCAAGAAGAUAGAAGGAUCCUCCAUGGGCACAGACUCUCUCCCAGACAACAGGGCUAAGCAUCUUUUAGACUCCCUUCCAUCCACAAGAAUUGUGUACUCCGAUUUCAUCACUCGUCUAUUCAGCAAGUCUGCCCAUAUAUGCUCUCUUGCUGAUAUAUUCGCUGUAAUUAUUGCUCCGGUAUUUUGGCUUGGCUUUAAGAUAUUUUCCUACUACAUGACACACAAGUACUACCCGAAGAGAGCAAAAAAUAAUGGUCUUAAGAAAAAAGAAUAA